AUGGGUCAAUACUUCUCCUUGCGUGGAGCUGAAGAAUGGGCAGACACCCUGGACAAGACGGCGUUGCCAUCGAUCUGGUCGACAGCCACCUACACCCCCCUCGCCAAGUCGCGGCAGAUCCUUCUAACGCGACCGGGAAACGUGGAAUACGUCUUCCCAGGAACAUUCAGGCAGGGAGGAGACUACGUGCAGGUCAGUGAAGCUGCCGAAGUUGUGCUCAUCGCUGGCUUUGAUGCGGAGAGUGGUCGAUGCUAUUCAGGCAUCGUUCUCCAAGCACACGACAACUUCCCCCAUAAGUUCUCACGGACAGUGGAAGAGGUGACCGCUGCAGAGAAGAAGGACGCAUCGCCCUCGCCACCCUCGCCCUCAGAGGAUAUGGAGUCGACGGCCACUCGGUGUCCUUCAGUGGAGAAGUUGCGCAGAGAAUGCAGCUGGAUGUCUCGGAGCGCUUCCGGAGCUCGGCUCAGCCCUACAAGCACGAUGUUCAAGAGUGCCUCGCGGAGCAGCGGUCUCUCGCUUGAGAAGUUUGGUGAGCUUGAAGAGCCUCCGCCGACACGAGAACGGCUCUGGUCUUGUUGCCUUUUCUAUGCCGUCAAGGAGGGCAUCCUCGUGCAUUUUGCGGAUGACAUACAAUCUUGUGAGGAGGUGAUUCGCUCUGUUCAAGCGCGAUACCGGGAUGUCCAGGGAUCAGCGGCCAGCGUUCCGCAUCCGCAGGUCCACACGGUCCGGCAUGCAGCUGGGGGUGCACCACCGGUGGCUGGACGCAUCAUCGCUGCGGUGCUGAAGAAUGACCUGAAGCGCGACUUCCAGGUGUACAGCACAGCGGACAAGCAGAAAGAGUUCACCAACUGUGUCGCCUUCUCUAUGCGAAUAGUCAAGGACUUCCAAUUGGCGGUGCGGGGCUUUGACAUUGUGAAAGCCUGCGAGAGCAACCCGUCUCUGGGGCGCAAGGCAGGAGAAGUGGUGGGGGGUGCCUGGGAGCGGCUUUGGCACACGGUGUGA